GUAGCAUGCCUUUUAUAAAACAAUUUCAGAAACUGCUAGAAAUUUAGGAAACCCUGGCUUACUGCAACUGAACCGAAUUUCAACCACUCGCUGUCCAACACUGGUCCGAACAAAAACAAUUCAAGACGUUCGGAAAAAAGAAUUUUGUUUUGGGAGUUUUUCAGCUGGGUCUGUUUUUGCGAUCCUUCGGCAUGGCCUGGCGUUCGGUGGGAACCAGCAACCAGGAUCUCAUCCGGCAAUUAAAGGAGAACGGCGUAAUUGCAAGUGAUGCAGUGGCCAAUGCGAUGGCAGCGACGGACCGCAAACAUUACUCUCCCCGGAACCCCUAUAUGGAUGCUCCCCAGCCCAUUGGCGGAGGUGUCACCAUCAGUGCUCCUCACAUGCACGCUUUUGCGUUGGAAUACCUGCGCGAUCACCUCAAGCCGGGCGCCCAUGUCCUGGACGUUGGCUCCGGGUCUGGAUACCUAACAGCUUGCUUCUAUCGCUUUAUUAAGGCGAAGGGCACACAUGAAGACACCCGGAUUGUGGGUAUAGAACACCAGGCGGAUUUGGUGAAAAUGAGCAAAGCCAAUCUGAACGCGGACGAUCGGGAGAUUCUCAGCUGCGGCCAGCUUGAGAUUGUACAGGGUGACGGGCGCAAGGGAUUCCCGACCAGUGCCCCCUACAAUGCCAUUCACGUGGGCGCAGCUGCACCGGACACCCCCACCGAGCUGAUCAACCAGCUGGCCAAUGGCGGUCGCCUCAUCGUACCCGUGGGUCCCGACGGUGGUUCACAGUACAUGCAACAGUACGACAAGGACUCAAAUGGCAAGGUACAGAUGACCCGACUCAUGGGCGUGAUGUACGUUCCUCUAACGGAUCUCCGCUCCUGACUGCACCGGGCUAUCAAGGCGCUGGUUGUGGUGCUUCUGCUCGGUUUAGUCCUCUAUCGAUGCUGGGCCUACUACCGCUAAUAAUUAGUAUUAUUAAUACCCAAAUAGCCACAAAAUUUAUGUGCUUCAUAUCGCAUUGAUUUUAAUUAAAAUUAUUUCCUGAACAUCCACAA